AUGAAACAUCAUCUACUGGAGACGGGUACCCGCCUCCUUGCAGAAGCCAGCCCCUUCGAUCGUGUUUGGGGUAUCGGCAUGUCUGCAUGCUUUCCAGAUGCUAGCGUUUCAUCCAAGUGGGCAGCUAGCGGUUAUGCCGAGCUCGAGCCGGGAGACGUAAUUGGAGUGUCUGCCGCGCCGCUACUACGAGUACCGGUGGAAACCCUGAAGGCGGCACCAUCUUCGAUUCCUACCGGCCCCACAACAUCUACAUCACCACCUCGGGUCAACGCCGUUGGCCCCAAGUCCGGGACUCACCGCUCUCCGGACCCAGCCUCCGCCCCGCCUCUUCCGAAGCCGCCUCCACAAGAACUACUAGACCGCUUCUCCGAGGCACAGCGCUCCAGCUUCAUGCGCUUGUGGGCUAGGCUGCCCGCACAUAUGCACGACAUCGCUUUCGAUCUACACAAUCCGGGAUGGACACCGGAGGCUAUUGAUCGUUUGGCCGACGCCCUUGUGGAGUAUUCUGACGUGUUCUCUACUUCGAAAACCGAUUUUGGUUCCUGCACCAUAAUGCCGUUCACGCUUUCUGUCCCAGCAGGGACGAAGCCCGUUGCAUCACGCCCGUAUCGUAUCAACCCGUUGAUGCAAAAGAAAGUGGAUGCCGUUUUGGACCAGUAUUUGGCGGCAGGGCUCAUUCAACAUUCCACAUCUCCGUGGGCUUCUCCUUUAGUUGUCAUCCCCAAGAAGGACGGAUCUGUUCGCAUCACCGUCAACUACAAACGUCUCAACGCUCUGGUGGAUUUGGAUGGACAACCUCUCCCUCGAGUGGACGGUAUCUUGGAUUCUCUGUACACCGGGAAAGUGUUCUCCAUCUUCGACCUCAACUCGGCUUUCCACCAGAUCGUUUGUGAUGAAGACGCUGUCCCGCUCACCGCCUUUUGCACUCCCACGCAGUUGUUCGAAUGGCUUCGGAUGCCGCAGGGCGCCAACGCAAGUCCGUCUUGGUUCGUCAAGGUCAUCAACAGAGUGGUGCACGGUCUGGAGCGUGUGCUUGCUCAUGUGGACGAUGUCAUCUGUUUCGAUGAGGAACCUCUGGGACACGUUGCUAAACUUGAUCGAGCUCGCGUCGGCGCCACGCACGCCAACUUUCUCGGUCACACCAUCUCUCCGGCAGGUGUUAGCCCUGAUGGCGUCAAGGUUAGGGCGCUCACGCACAUGCCGCCGCCGACGAAUGUUAAGCAGCUUCGGAGCCUUCUCGGUGGACUCAGUUACUACCGGAAAUUCCUCAAGAAUCUCGCCACCAAGGUGCGGCCUCUCAACUCUCUUCUCAAACAAGGCGUCCCCUUCAAGUACACCCCGGGCAUGGUCAAGGUUGUCAAAACGUUGUUAAGCGAACUCGCUCGCCCCCCGAUUUUGGUCUUCCCGGAUUGGGCAGCAAUCGAGGACAACAGCCGUCCUCUUCGUUUGUGUUCCGACGCGUGUAUCGACGGUUUUGGCGCCUCCUUGGAACAAGAACAGCUCGAUGGCUCGGUGAGACCCAUCGUGUACAUCAGCCGCGCUACUCUUCCUGCGGAGCGUAACUGGACCGUUUUGGAUCUGGAGGCUGGUGGCAUUGUUUGGGCCAUCAAACGCCUUCGCGGUUAUCUGUGGUCGACCAAGUUCAUCAUCUAUUCGGACCACAAAGCAUUGGAGAGCAUUGGCAAGGUUGGGGAACACAACGCUAGGGUGCAACGAUGGCUCGAAUUCCUGUCCAACUUCACCUACACCCUGAAAUAUCGGAAAGGUUCGGCAAACGGCAACGCGGAUUUUCUUUCGCGGUUGCCUUUACCAGCACAAGACACGGACAAAACCGGCCCCGACUGCAUUGAUGGUGUCGAUCAAGCGGGUGUUUUCCUCAUUUGGGCUUGCGGGCGCAACUAUCACUCGUCGUCUACACCGGAGGGGCCUGGUACGGUCGCCGGCGUCGACUUCUUCAGACCUCUGCCAGUGACUGCCAAGGGCAACUCCUACUUUUUGUUGUUCACAGACCGUUUCAGUCGGAGAGCCGACAUGUCCGCAGUUACAGCGGCGGAAUUUACGGCGAGAGGGACGGCUCACAUCUUCGUCAACCAAUACAUGACCAAGUGGGGAUGUCCGACUACGUUAUUGUCGGACAACGGACUGCAUUUCUGCUCGAAGCUCUCCAUGGCGAUCUACGAGGUGAUGAAGAUCAAGAAGGUCACCACCAGCUCCUACCACCCACAGACCAACGGCGGCACUGAACGCGUCAACCACACGAUGGCCCAGAUGCUUGCGGUGGUCGUCAACGAACAGCAAAACGAUUGGGACAUACAUCUCCCGCACGUUGAGUCUGCCUACAACAAUUCCGUGAACCAGUCUACUGGAUUAGCGCCAAACGAGAUCCACAUCGGACGCAUCCCGCGACUCCCGCUUUCGGUCUUCGAUCGUCCCACGAUAGGUGGUCAUCAAAGCUUGGCCCGCGAUCAACUCGAGUAUUGCAACCUGGCUGUCGAUCGCCAGCGCCGGGCCUACGAACUUGUCCGUGAGUACAACGCGCUGAAGAUUUCGCGAGUCGAACGCCGAAAUUUAUCCCUGCUGGACGCCAUCCACAAGCUCCCUCAGUUUACCGUUGGCGGGUGGGCUUGGGUGUACAACACGGCUGCUACAAUUCGACAGGGGGUGCAGAAGGACACGGACCAACAGGUGCUCAAGGCCAAAUUCGCACUUUCCUGGACGGGGCCCUACAAAGUUCUAGAGGUGGGUCCCGCCUCUGCCGACGCCACUCCGGAAGGCCGCCCGCUUUUUCCGGCCCAGCAGCUCGUUGUCGCGUGUCUGUCUUUCGUUGCAAGCCCUGUCGCAAUCCGUACGAGACGGACGACUUGCCGCAAUCUCUGCCCGCCGAGCUUUCGCGUUAUGUUCUGCACUCUUUCGGAGAUAAAUGUCCACCUUUCCACGUCACCGCGGAUGAUGUGUCGGUGCCUGUCGGGCGCCUCGAGGUCGACUGCAUCUCGGGACAUCAACUGGUGCGGGGCCGUAGCGGCGUUCUCGCUGUCCUGUACCAGACGCAUUGGGUAG